CUUAAAUAGCAAUGUGUUUAUCUACCUGGCUUGUAUAAACAAACGGUUUUAAGAUCUUUAUAUGAAUGUCGACAAGUUAAGACAAAGAAAAAAUAAUAGUGUCUAUAUACGAGCGAUAUUAACAGCAGCAGUAAAGCAAUGUCGACGACUGGCACAGAAAAACAUUGUAGACUUUCCUGCAUGUUGAUAAAAGCUGGAACGAAAACAAAUUGUGCUUUUCUUGAAAAACGAGUCCAGGACCUAAGUCCUGAUCCAACUUCUCCGUGGUCACUUGACGACUUUCUGAAGACUAAACAGAAAGAUAUACAAAAGUCAAAACUUUCUAAAGAAAAGUACAGAGUGUUAUUCCCUGCGAAUGGCGCAACUGACAUAAAGAAAUGGGAUUUGUCUCUCCUCUGUCACAUUCUCGUACAAUAUUGUCAUCUUAACACAUUAGAGCGUCUGGACGUUGAACAGUUUCGCAAUGUUCGAAAUGAGCUUUGCCAUGUGCAUGAACCCAACAUUGACGACGAUAAGUUUAAGAAUGAUGUUGAACUAAUCGAAGUUAUCACAACCAGAAUUUUAGAAAAGGUAGAUAACACAAUAGUCACCGAUGAAGUAAAAGACAUUAUAAAUAAGAUGAAAGAAGGACCUUUGUCAAUCGUUGAAACUGUGAGAACAAUGCAUAUUUUCUACUCUAUGGAGAGAGACAUUAGAGAGAAGUUAGAUACGAUUAGUGACGCCGAGAGUCGGUUGCUUCAAGCAGCUGAGAGGAUCGAACACAAACUGGAUUCUUCUGUUGUAUUGCGAGCAGAUCCAAGUCAUUCACCUUCAGUGAGGCUUCCAGCUGUGGACUUUUACAUCGAUAUAAAGAAUAUUGGUGCAGAGAAAGAGGCUAGAUUGUCAGAAUAUUUGGUCGAGUUGUUUGAAGCUAGACUAAAAGGGAAUGAAGAUCUCUCUACCCUACUCACAACUAUGCCACCUGAGUGUUUCCAGCAGCUACGAGCAACAGUAAAUGAAACCUUUAAGAUCUUCCUGUCAAAGGGAUGGGAAAUAAGCGAAAUAAAACACGAUUGUGUUUUACUGAAAAUUCAAUGCCUUACAAUAUCGGCUGUAGUGACUCUAUUUAGAGACUGUGCCGAAGGAAGACUACUGCCGGUUCUAGAAAAUCUCGAAAAAAGAUGUUCAAUGCUGGAUGGUUAUAGUAACGUUGAACUCGAACCUGUCAUAUACAGAGAUACCUUUUUCGACGUAAUGGAAGAAACAUUUUCAUCUAUAGAAGACAAUAUACUAAAAGAGGAAAUUGCAGUUACAUCAACGGACACACAUUCACUCUGUUUAUCCAUCAAACCAAGAGACACGAUGCACUUUGAACGACUGAAAAGCAAGCAAACACUUGAUAGGAUCCAGUGCAGUCUAAAGACAGCAGAGCAGGUAUUAGUACCUCAUUUAGAAGAACCACGUUUAUCAUUUGAAAGCAGUGUUGAGGUUAAAGAGCAAACUCCAGCACUUGAGAAAGGCUCUGCACAGUUGUUGGAUGAUCAAUUUGAUCCGUUAGACCACGAGUCAAGAACUGACGGACACUUAACAACGUUGAAAGAGACUGAGAUUGAUAAAAUUUCUCCUGUAGAGAAAGAUUGUGAAAGUGAACAAGACAGUUGUUUGACAUCAUUAGAAACAGAAUCAGGAACGGAAUGUGAUGCACCGGAUCUUCCUACCACGGCAAGUUACACAUUAAAGAGGUAUUUACCGAGCGCAAGUGCGUCCAAGUCAGCCGAUGUAGAACUUUUAUCGUAUGAAACAUCCAGUAAUGCCCAAGUGAUUAUUCCUUAUUAUUCUUAUUGUUUGAUAAAGGUGGUAAAAAUGUCAUGUUAUUGAUGUGAUGCCUCUGGUAAAAUUUAUAAAUAGUCUGGUGGUGUCCAGACAUAUGGUACACAAU